GCUGUUUUAUUGCACUGCCGUGCGUUACCGUGUGAAGGUUGACUCCCGAUGUUGGCUUUAUAAAACCACGCGCAAUGGGUGAGUCCGAGCGUAAACCGACUGCUGCAGUACCUGAAGAACCUUCGCGAGACAAACACUCCAGCAAAUCAGAUCGCCAUGAAGUCGUUUGCUGCUACUGCUGUUGCCUUAAUGGCUGCUGUGGGUAUGAUCGAGGCCGGAUACAUCGGCGCACCGUACACCGAGCUCGCACACGCGUCGCACACCGUCCACGAUACCGGUGCCUACUACGACGAUCACUAUGCGCCGUUCGCGCACGCUGCUCCAGCCUAUGCCGCACCGUAUGCUGGCUACUACUAUGGCAACCCCUCCGGUACGUACAGCUACUGGGGCGCCCAUGGACCGACGGUCGUGCAGGAAAAUGCGGCCAGCCUGCCAGCGGCACCCCUGCAUGGAGCUCAUCUGUACGCGCCGUACGCAUCGCUUUACGGAGCCUACAGACCGGUGAAGACGACUGUCGUGCAGGAGAACCAUGCGGCCGGUAGUCUUGCGAACCAUUGGGGCCUUCCCGCUGCCUACGGUGUGUACGGACACGCGUAUGGAUAUGGACACUACAACCAUCAUCUUGAUGGCGUGGCCCCAGUUGCUAAGUAUUUGCUGUGAAAAAUCCAUUUGAUAUAAAAAUGUUAAUUUGUUCGAAGAAAA